AAAUUCUUUCCACUCACGGACGCGGUCACUCCCACCCCAAUUCUUCUUCUUCAUCUCCAUUCCCUCGAGUCGGCAAUCUCCCUCCUACUGCGCCUGCGCCUACUGUUGCGGCGGUGGUCGUGGUGACUGUGGUGGUGGUGUAGCUCCACUCCUCCAUCUCAGAUCCGACCCGCUGUCUCCUGGGUGCAUUUUAAGGAGACCAAGAUGGUUGCGCAAGGGUUCACAGUUGAUUUAAAUAAACCACUAGUCUUCCAGGUCGGCCAUUUAGGUGAAACUUAUCAGGAGUGGGUUCACCAGCCCAUUGUCAGCAAGGAAGGGCCUCGUUUUUUUGAGAGUGAUUUCUGGGAGUUCUUGACUCGUACUGUAUGGUGGGCAAUUCCUGUCAUUUGGCUGCCAGUAGUAUGUUGGUGCAUCUCCAUGUCAGUAAGGAUGGGUCAUACCACACCUCAGAUAGCUUUAAUGGUGGUUUGUGGGAUCUUUGUCUGGACAUUAUUGGAAUAUACUCUGCACCGUUUCCUCUUCCACAUCAAGACAAAAAGCUAUUGGGGAAAUACAUUGCAUUAUCUUCUUCAUGGCUGCCACCAUAAGCACCCAAUGGACGGCCUUCGGCUUGUUUUUCCACCAGCUGCAACUGCUAUUCUUUGCAUUCCUUUCUGGAACUUGCUUAAGCUCAUCUCUACACCUUCAACAACUCCUGUGUUGUUUGGAGGAGGUCUGCUGGGUUACGUGAUGUAUGAUGUCACCCAUUAUUACUUGCACCAUGGCCAGCCCACUAGCGAAAUGCCCAAAAGUCUCAAGAAAUAUCACUUGAAUCAUCACUUCCGGGUCCAGGACAAGGGGUUUGGAAUCACUUCAGCUCUGUGGGACAGAGUGUUUGGGACUCUUCCUCUGGGGAAAGCUGGUGAGAAGAGUAGAUGAAUGCUGGUAGUGAUGGCCAAGAGAACUGUUUGGAAGUUUGAAGUUGCCGAAGUACUCCAAUAUUUCUCUAUAGACAUUCUUCUGCUAGGGCUUCACUAAAUUCAUUAUUGCGCUACUGUAUGUCGAUCUAAGCUAUAUUGUGAUAUUUCGUGCAGUGUCAAUUUUGUGUUCCUUCAUGCUCGGGAAGAUUCUGUGUAAAUGUAUUUCCAUUUGCUGUCCCUGAUAAUUUAUUAAUCUAAAAUUUGGCAUAAUUGAUCAGACA